AGCGCGCAUGAAUAUCAUCGUCUGUUAUAUAUUGGCCAUCAAUUAAACAAGAGUGACGUGUGUUUCCUAGGAACCGUUUAGACUCGACGUUCAGACAUGGAGUCAAACAGACAGGAAAAUCUUGUGUCAAAGUGUGUGGUAAUUAACGGUGACACCGAUGUGACCGACCUUCAUUUUGCUAAAAGAGGAUUGACUUCUGUUCCUGAUUUAUCACAUUUCUGCAUGCUGAGAUGUGUGUGGCUCAAUGAUAACAAGAUUCGAGACGUUACCAGAGCUUCAUUCAACUGCCGUUUGACAGAACUUUACCUGCAGAACAAUGACAUUCUCUCCAUUGCAGGAGCACUGAGACACCUGACAUGUCUGCGUGUGCUGCUGCUGUUCAAUAAUCAGAUUAAGUGUCUAGAAGAAACUGUGGUGGAGCUGAAGAACAUGCAGGACCUCCACACUCUCUCUUUAUAUCUGAACCCUUUCACUGAAGAUCCUCAGUAUCGCCUCUACGUGCUCCAUCAUUUGCCAUCUGUGAAGUUUUUAGACACAAAAGAAGUACAGCAAGUGGAGAGGAGACGAGCUUUAAAGCUGUUCAAUGUAGAAAAACAGAAGGUUCUGGAUACUAUUGCCUUUGGCAGACAGGCACUACCACCCCCUAUAGGAAGAAAAAUGACCAACACGAUCCCUAAACCUGUAGGUCAACAUGUCUCAAGGAAGAGUACAGAGUUAGUGCCGAUAUAG